UCAUCACUAAUUUUUAAUUACUGAAAAGCAAAAAAAAGUAAGGAUCUUUGCUUGCCUUUCUUGAGGCUAGUGCUGAAUGUUCCCUUGCUGACUUUUUUCUCUGUUUAACAAUUCACUGAAUUCAAUCACUCAGCCACAUACCACACACACACAACCAUAUAUAAGCGUGUUUAUGAAAUUGUGGGGUGUGUUUCCUCCAGUCUCCAAUGUUGGAUUUUUUUCUUUUUUAAGGUUUAAGUAAUGGGUUUUUGAUGAUUGGAGCAUUACAGUUCAUACCUUGUCAUCAAACCGCGUUGAUUUCCCUUCUUUAUUACUCUGUAUUGUUCUUCAAGCAAAAAAAACGAGAAGUUUUGCAGUCAUUGUCAGAUCUGCAUUUUGGCUUUUAUUGGUGGAGAAACAUAGUACUUCCAGCGAGCAUUCUGUUUUAAGAUAAAAGCUGCGACUUUAAGCUUGUUUGGCCAAAAAAUCUUGUAAUUUCUUGAUGCGGGUUUUCCUGAGAUUUAAUAACUAGGGAGAAAAGUAAACUACCUAGAGGAACUGGUUGUAGGUAUUGGGAUCGGAAUUUAUUCAGGAGUGAUAGAGAUGACGGAUGCGGAGAUGCAAGGAUUAGUGCGAGUUUUGGUAUAGGAAGGAUUAGAAGUUAUUUUGAAUUGUGGGGAAUUGGGAGGGGGAGUAGGUGAUGACAAGAAUGGGGUCAAGGGAAGAGAGACACAAGCAUCAGCAUGAUCUUGUACCAUUAGCUGCACUGCUUAGCAGAGAACUGAGAAAUGAAAAAAUGGAGAAGCCAGCAGUGAGAUAUGGGUGCGCGGCUCAGUCCAGGAAAGGAGAGGAUUAUGUUUUAACAAAGACAGAUUGCCAGAGAGUUUUGGGGAAUCCUUCAACAUCAUUCUCUGUUUUUGCUGUCUUUGAUGGGCACAAUGGAAAUGCUGCUGCAAUUUUUUCUAGGGAUAAUUUGUUGAAUCAUAUUUUGAGCGCCAUUCCUCGUGGACUUGGACGGGAAGAGUGGCUACAAGCUCUGCCUCGGGCAUUAGUUGCAGGAUUUGUGAAAACUGACAAGGAAUUUCAGAGCAGAGGCCAAACUUCUGGAACGACAGCGACAUUUGUUAUAGUUGAUGGAUGGACGGUGACAGUUGCAUCCGUUGGUGAUUCACGGUGUGUUUUGGAUACACAGGGUGGUGCUGUCACAGCGCUGACUGUUGAUCAUAGACUUGAAGAAAAUGUUGAGGAAAGGGAACGAGUUACAGCAAGUGGAGGUGAGGUUGGAAGGCUGAGCAUUUUUGGCGGAUCUGAGAUUGGUCCCCUUCGUUGUUGGCCAGGGGGUUUAUGCCUUUCAAGAUCAAUCGGAGACAUGGAUGUUGGGGAAUUUAUUGUUCCAAUACCUCAUGUCAAACAAGUUAAGCUAUCAAAUGCAGGUGGGAGGAUGAUAAUUGCAUCUGAUGGUAUUUGGGAUGCAUUAUCUUCAGAAGUGGCAGCAAAAUCAUGUCGUGGAUUGCCUGCAGAACUUGCUGCAAGACAAGUGGUUAAGGAAGCAUUGAGGACACGCGGCCUUAAGGAUGACACAACUUGUAUAGUGGUUGACAUAAUUCCUCCUGAUAACACUGUUCAACCUCCCGCUCCACCAAAGAAGUAUAACAAAUUCCAAGCAUUUUUGUUUAGAAAGAUAUUCCGUGAUUCUUCCAGCAGACUAUCAAAGAAGCUAUCAGCUGUAGGAAUAGUAGAAGAAUUAUUUGAAGAAGGGUCAGCAAUGCUUGCAGAAAGAUUAGGAAAUGAUGACUCCAGUGGUCAGACAACAGUUGGCCUUUUCAUAUGUGCUGUUUGCCAGACUGAUCUUGCUCCAAGUGAAGGCAUAUCAGUUCAUGCUGGUUCCAUAUUCUCCACAAGCUCAAAGCCUUGGCAAGGGCCUUUCCUUUGUUCUGAUUGUCGUAAUAAGAAGGAUGCCAUGGAAGGGAAACGGCCCAGUGGAGUUAAAGUAGUAUAAUUCCUUCAUUUUUUGCACUGAAUUUUCGAUUCCCGAUUCUUUAUUGAUCGAUAUUUUUAUUGGUUGGUCAAUUAAUUUAGUAUCUACAUUAAGCUUUCUUGGAACGUCAUUAUUCAUACUAGAUAUUUGACAACCCGCUGUACAGGCAUUGACAGAUUCUGAAUUUCUUUUGAUGAUGAAUACGUUGGAUAGCAACCAAAUCCCCAAA